GUCUUCAAGUUGAAGAGAAAGCUUUUUAUUUAACCGAACCAUUUAAUUGACAGUUUGUCUCUUCAUCUAAUUUUGUAUUAAUCAUGGUUGGUAUUAAUUGUCUGUUUAAUUACGAUGGUAUUAAUUAUCGAUUGAACAUCAAUCCUAAAAACGGUAAAGAGGUGAUUACCAUAGAUGAGUUUAGAUUAAAUCUUCUUGAUCACCCAAAGCUGAAAGAGGUUGAUUUUUUUGACACAGAAAAAUACAUUGUUGAGAUUUUUGAUAAGGGGUUUGAUGACUAUAUCAAAUUCCCAAAAGAUGGUGAUAUUUGUGACUAUAGUAAGUUGAGAGCUCGAUUGAGACCCAAAUCAACCUUGACAUUGGUCAGAAAAGAUGAGGAAACACGUAAAAGACCAUUGUCCAUGUAUGCUGAGCUUAACAUGGAAGAGGAACAUGCUGCUAAAGUUUUGAGGGGAUCACCUCCACAGAAUGUAACUCGUGCUAGAGUUUCAUCACCUCCACCAUCAUCUUUCCGUAGAUCACAUCAGAGCAUUUCUGAGCCAAUAAGAUCUGAAAAUCAAUCAAGAUCAUAUACUAGUGUGAAAACACCAGUAACAUCUAAACCUGCAACCCCUCAAACCUCGUCAUUUAAGCCCAAACCAAAUCCUUCACCGGCUUCACGACCACCACCACCACCACCACAAUCCAAUUCAAAGGCACAAGCACCAACAAAGACUCCAGUAGUUACCAAAACACCGGAACCCUCGACCAAUCCUUUUUCAUCAAAUUCUUCUUCAAAAUCUAUCUCUAAAAUCUCAAACAAUUCAAACACGCCAAGAGCUCCAGGCUUACAAGGGAUUGGAGAUCAGCUUCCUCCUGGAGCUGAUCAAGACAGCUACUUUUUGGCUAAAGCAGUGGACAAAUAUAAUGAUGAGUUUACCAAUAUUAUGAUGUUCGAUGAAAUUUGGGAAACUGAACAUGUUUGGCCUUUCGUUUAUCGAGAAGUCUCGGGCCAGGGCGUUCAAAGCAUUAAAAGUGUGAAAGAAACACGAAGCGCUUUCAAAUUAUUGGUAGAUAAAUACAUCGCCACCCUACAGAAAACCAAUCUAACCGAAGCUGCUGCUAAUCAAGAUUGGCCAUUGUUUGAAAUUUUCCAUUCUAAAUUAAACAUUAAACCAUUUUAUGGACGCAUUCAGACACUUAAAGAUGCUUUUAACAAAGGACCCAAAGAUGCUGGAGAUAAACAAUCAUCAACUUCAGCUCCACCAACACCAUCAUCAACAAGCUCAUUAUCUCAAUCAAUCAAAACUACCCCAUCAAUCCAACAACAACAACAAGCUCCAAAGCCACAAAGAACUCAAGCCAAAGUAUUAUCGGAAGAUAUUAUCCUUUUAAGCGCCGAUGAAACCGAUAAACCAACAAUGCGAAUAGAUGAUGAUGAUGAUGAAAUAAGAGAAAUUCAUCCGACUACCUCAAUGUCAAACAGAAUGUCACCCGCUCCAUCAUCUCCACAAACAUCACCACCCAAAUCUCACUCUGAACCACCACAGCCAAUCAUAGUUACUUCAGAUGAUUUCCGUUUACUAUUAGCGGUUGAAGAUCAUAACAAAGAGUUUUAUGAUGAUAUAAUUCCCGAAUACAGUGUUUGGAGAGAAGUCACCGAUCAGAUUAAUCUGUACAAACCUUUCGAACCAAGUUUGGUGAUGAAAUAUAAAACUCGAUUCUAUGAGUUACUCCAAGAAUUCGUGAGGAUUGAAAACUCAUCAGUACCUGUGAGCGAGAAAGCUCAAUGGAAACUCUACAGCUCUUUUAUCAACAUAGACACUGAGCCUUUCCUUUCGAAACUCAACAAUCUAUGAUGAUCACGAUGAACAUGAUGAACUUUGUUCCAACAAUCAACCUCGAAACAAUAACCAACAACUUUAAUUCUUGAAUUUUUUUCCCUCUUCUGCCGUCUUACAAUUUCCUCUUUUCGUCUUCAACUUUAAAUGUGCACGCAACUGAUUCCCUUUCAAUUUCUUCUCAUCAAUUGUUUAUAAUUACAAUUCUACAACUACCUCCGUAAUUAUAAAUCAAUCCAAUUGAUUAACCCUUUUUUUUUGCAAUUACUUUCUAUUUCUAGAGUGAAGGAUAAAAACAAAACCAUUUUUUUCAGCAGAUACAAAAAUUGUAAUGUAACACAUUCUUUCAAAUUGUAUUUGAUUAAUCAAACAAACAAAACGAAACCACAAUAAUUAAUUUAAAAACAAUUAAACAAUUAACUAAAAUUA